AUUUUUUUUGCUUCUACUCUCUCUCUCUCUUUAAACUUUUUUUUAUAUAAUAUAAUAUCAAAUAUGUCUGGAGGAAAAUCUGGAGGAAAAUCUGCUGCUGGUGCCAAGUCCCAGACCCGUUCUGCUAAGGCUGGUCUCCAGUUCCCCGUCGGUCGUAUCCACCGUCUCUUGCGUCGUGGAAACUACGCCCAGCGUGUUGGUGCCGGUGCUCCCGUCUACCUCGCUGCUGUCCUCGAGUACCUCGCUGCCGAAAUCCUCGAGUUGGCCGGUAACGCUGCCCGCGACAACAAGAAGUCUCGUAUCAUCCCCCGUCACUUGCAGUUGGCCAUCCGUAACGAUGAGGAAUUGAACAAGUUGCUCGGUCACGUCACCAUUGCCCAGGGUGGUGUCCUCCCCAACAUCCACGCCACCUUGUUGCCCACCAAGACCAAGAAGGCCGGUGCUUCCCAGGAAGUUUAAAUAUGUUUUUAUAUAUAUAUAUCUAACGACAGAAAAGGGAUUUUAAAAAAAGGAGUGGAAAGAAAGAAGAAAGAAAGAAAGAAAGAAAAGAAAGAAUACGAAAUAUCACGGAAACGAAUAUACGAAAACAAAAAUAAUAAUAAUAAUAAUAUCAAAAAAAAAAAACCACAUACAAAACAAAUUUGUUUUUCAUUACCCCCCCCCCCCCCCCCCC